AUGCAGAAUCACAUUGGCUUAGGUGACGAACCUGAGUCGCGCGCAAAGGCCGAACAAGGAUCUAGCUACCUAACUCAGUCACCACCUACGCCGGCGCAAACCUCGACAACCUCAACUGUCGCACCUCAUCCGGGUCUCAAGCCCAUACGACCGUCACCACAGACGCAUGGAUACGGCGGUUUAAGUGUAGAAACACAAUCGCAUAUCCAUCCUCAGCUUAGAGCGUCGUCGACGACGGUGGUUGCGCCAUCUGAUAUAAUGCAGAGAGGAGUGUCACCUCCGUCUGACGAAGCAGGACCUGUUUCUGGAUCUCCCGUUGCUGGUAUGGCUGCUCAAGGCCUCCUAGGGCAUGACCCUGAUGAUUCUGUAACGGACGGGCGAAAAGCAAAGCGCGAAUUAUCUCAAUCGAAAAGAGCUGCCCAGAAUAGAGCCGCUCAGCGUGCGUUCCGGCAAAGAAAAGAACAUUACAUCAAGAAACUUGAGCAGCAGGUUCGCGAAUAUGGAGAGAUGGAGCACAAUUUCAAGGCGAUCCAGAACGACAACUAUGCGCUUCGCGAGUACGUCAUACAAUUGCAGUCGCGCCUGCUGGACCUGCAGGUUGAAUUACCUCAGCCACCACCGAACGUAAACAUCACACCCCCCACCGCGGCCUCCACUAGCGCUCGUGCUGCGCACGCGACCACCACUUCGGAAUCCGGGUCAAAUAGCAACAACGCCGGGACCCUAGCAGACGUUGCCGCGGCAGUCGCCGGAUUAAGGGCGAGAGAACCCUCAGCUGAUGGAUUAUACUCGAAGCCGGCUUACAAGGCCGAAUCCGCCGAGGAUUCGCAGACAGCCGAGGAAAUCCGUAGACAACUUCAGCAAGACGGGCUACCGGCCCCCUCUUCUUUACGAGCCUAG